AAACAUAUUGUAUGUAUACUUUCAUUAUAGCAUAUAUCGAGCAUUAAUGAAAAUAAUAGUUUGAUUAAGGUGUGCGUGUGUGACACAACUGAACUCUCUCUCUCUUUAAGAAGAUAAUUUUUGAGUUAGAUAAGAGAAAUAAAGAUGCAGAAAUAUGCUCUUGAUUAUGCAUUGGUGCCGCUGGGGCUGCUGGUGAUGGUGGCUUAUCACUUGUGGCUGCUCCGCCGGGUGCUCCGCCACCCCACCACCACCGUCAUAGGCAUCAACGCCGUCAACCGCCGCCUCUGGGUUCGCUUCAUGAUGGAGGAUCCAAUGAAGAGCGGAAUUCUAUCGGUGCAAACACUGCGAAACAACAUAAUGGCAUCAACGGUGCUGGCGUCGACGGCGAUCAUGCUGAGCUCGGUGAUCGCGGUGCUGAUGUCGGGCGGCAGCUGCGGGCACCGGGCGAUCGCGGCGGUGUACGGCGACAACAGCAAGCUGGGGUCGUCCAUAAAGUUCUUCUCGAUCCUGGUGUGCUUCCUGUGCGCGUUCCUGCUGAACGUGCAAUCGAUAAGGUACUACAGCCACGCGAGCGUCCUGAUCAACGUGCCGAGGCGGCGCACCGCCGGAGAUAUGAAGGAGUGCUUGGUGACGGAGGAGUACGUGUGGAGGGUGGUGAACAGGGGGAGCUAUUUCUGGUCGCUGGGGCUGCAUGCCUUCUACUUCUCCAUCCCAUUGUUUUUGUGGAUCUUUGGGCCUAUUCCCAUGUUUGUCUCUAGUGUGGUUGUCGUCUUUCUGCUUUACUUUCUUGAUUUGUCUGCUGAUGUUGGGACUGUAGUGGCUCCUGAUCACCAAGAAGACGACCAGCCUAAUCCCGAUCAUCACCUUACUGUCUGAUUUUUCUCUCAUCGGAGUUACAUGUGUUUUUUUUUCAAAGAUGAUCAAUGAUUGGCGGGGGGAAACGUCUUAUCAACGUGAGCUAAAAAAUAUUUUAGAGCUUCAUUUCGAAUUUGAGCCUUCAACUCACCCUUCAUGGCAAAACUAUUUUCGUGUGGAGGUUUUGUUUUCUAAAUUUUAAAUUCGAGAUCUUAU